CGUAAUGAAGAGUCUCCAUUCCCAACCUAGGACAACACUGUGGAAGAACAAAACUUUGGUGAAGUCGGACUCCAGGAUUACAGAAAGUUAUUUAAAGUUUUUUGGCGCUUUCUUUGUUGAUUUUAACGUGCAAUACGCGACCCAGAUGUGGAAUUAUUGAUGGAUUCGCGGUAUGAGAUUCAGCGGAGGGCCGGUGGAAGUGGCUUUAGCGGGGGCUCCGCCAAUGCAUCCCCCGCUCUCACCGGAGCCCAGUCUCGGCGCAAGAAGAUGCCACCUAGACCGGCCGACUAUAAACUUCAAAUAAUCAUUAUUGGCUCCAGGGGGGUUGGUAAAACCAGCCUAAUGGAAAGGUUCACAGAUGACACGUUUUGUACAGCCUGCAAGUCAACUGUUGGGGUGGACUUCAAGAUCAAAACGGUGGAGCUGCGCGGGAAGAAGAUCCGUCUGCAGAUCUGGGACACAGCGGGACAGGAGCGCUUCAACAGCAUCACAUCGGCCUACUACCGAGGGGCCAAAGGCAUCGUGCUGGUCUACGACAUCACCAAGCAGGAGACCUUUGAGGACCUGCCCAAGUGGAUGAAGAUGAUUGACAAGUAUGCGUCUGAGGAAGCUGAGCUUCUGCUGGUGGGGAACAAGCUGGACUGUGAGACGGACCGGGCCAUCACGCGACAGCAGGGAGAGAGGUUUGCCUCUAGGAUAUCUGGCAUGCGCUUCUGUGAGUCGAGUGCCAAGGACAACUUCAAUGUGGAUGAGAUCUUCCACAAGCUGGUUGACGACGUCCUAAGCAAAAUGCCUCUGGAGAUCCCCAGUAAAGAGCUCUCCAACAGCGUCCUCUCCCUGCAGCCUGAGCCUGAGGUCCCUCCUGAGCUGCCUCCACCUCGAGCCCGCUGCUGCUGAAGCCCCCGCCCCCCCUCAGCAUUACACCUACAGUACCUGAUAUAGACCCCCCCCCCCCUCAGAUUACACACACACACACACACACACACACACACACACACACACACAUACACACACACACACACUCACAAAUCGACACACAUUCCCCCUGAUCCUCCUGACCCUGUUGCGUUGUUUGUGGUCUCCAGCAUCCUGAUGGUCAGCUUCAAGUGUCACGACGACCUUGACAUUGACCUUUACCCUUCACACCUUUGACCCUGCGACCCAGAGAAUCAGUUGAAUCCCUGUCCUUGCCCUGAUCCCAGCUCAUCCCAGGUUCCAACUUGUGUUCAUGCAGUUUCCAGGUCUGACCAGCAGAGGGCCACAGAGGGCUUCCAAGGCACACUCCACACCACUUGCCAGCUUUCUGGAUUGGUGGUGAAAGUUGCAUGCAGAAAUGACAUGCAUAAAAACACACACAUACAAACACACACACAAUGCCCAGCCUACCUCUUAUCCAGUCAUCACAGCUGGGUGUACCAUUCAAGGUGCCUUGCAGGUGGUCACACCCAAUAUCACACACCCUUGGUAGUUGUAUGCAUAAACAAAAGCACUACACACACACACACACACACACACACACACACACACACACAAUCACACACACUGAACGUAUACACUACAGUAUACAGACAAACACAAAUGUGCUACACACACACACACACACCACACACACACACACACACACACACACACACACACACACACACACACACACACACACACACACACACACACACACACACACAUUAGCCUGCAAUUCUGUGCUGCCCUCUGUGAGACUUUCAGAGAAAUGAGAACAAAUGCCUUGCAAGUGAUCCAGUAGUCAGCCCUUGGGCCUGGAGGAAGAAAAGGUGUGUGUGUGUGUGUGUGUGUGUGGUACCAGAGCCUCCGCCUGUUCCCCCAUAAUCAGCAUCAUCUCCACGGCCUGCUUCCCCAUAAGCAUCUCCUGCAAGAGUGCCUCACCGAGAGCUCCCCUCUCACGUGGCGUCAGCACGUGAUGCUGCUCACCUGGAUCUGCCCACCUGGAUCUACUCGCAUGGAUCUGCGUCUGCGUUGGCUGUGCAGGGCCAGGUGUGGGCCAGGUGUGGGCCAGGUGUGGGCCAGGUGUGGGCCAGGUGUGGGCCAGGUGUGGGCCAGGUGUGGGCCAGGUGUGAUCUUCACUGGGAUGGCACGUUUCAUCAUGCGCUUCUCUCACCUUCUCUCUGCUGCUCAGCUCUGCGUGGCCCCUCCAAGAACAACGCCCCCCUCUGGUGAGGUGUAGUUAUCAACCCAAACAGAGGUCUGAACUUUGAUUCAAGAUCAAAAAAAGAGCAUAUUAUAUCAGAAGUGAUUACCGUCACGUCAACCGCACAGAAGUGGGUAAACACUCUUUACAGACCAAGAUCAAGCCAUGACACAGCACUUAUAUGAAUCAGUCCCCCUAACCCACAUCAAGCAGUAGAAUUGGACCUGGUGUGAAGGUCUCAGCACCAUAUCAGCCCAAAUAUCAGUAGUGGGCAUUUCAACAGACAGACAGCAAAGGUCAAGGGUCGAUGGGGUUGUGUCUUCACAGACCCACUUUAUCUCGUUAGCUCAGAUCCCUCUUUUUCUUUUACAUUUUGUUUUGUUUCAAUGGCUCCACAGAAGUGUUCCUUGAGGAAGAAGAUUUUUUAAAAAUGUGUUUGAUUUCGUUUUAUGUUGCGUAAUGGCAAUAGUUGGGCCUUAAUAGUUGCCAGCUCCUAAGCUCCCUUAAUUGUGCCCUGUGCCAUAACAGUAUUCUAUGUACUUUGACAAAAAAAUGGUUAUUUUAUUUGUUCGUUUGUGAUUGGACCUGUAACUGUUUUUUUGCACUACAAUUCGUUGUAGCUAGCUUUGCCUACAUGCCACGACGCAACACUCAUAUUAUGCACAAGAGGAAAUGUCACUCGGACUCGCCUUGUGUUUCUUUGGGAAACACUCAUUGUAUUUACGAGUCCUGUGUUUCCAUGGCGACGCUCUUAGUUGCCUGGAAGGAAACGCCACUCAACCCUCACUCAACCCCAAGCACACAGACGUUCGAUGGUAGUGAUGGGAGGGAACACUACAAAAUGGCAACCUCAGCCAAACCCAGGAAGCACACGAAGUCAGAGCAGGGAGCAUCUCUUUGUUGUUGUUAAAACCCCCAAAAUGCACCUAGAAUUACAACACCUAAUAUAGCAAAAAUCUGCUGGUGAAAAUGCAAUCGCAUUUAAAAAAAUAAAUAAAAAAUAAAAAAAAACACCUGACGCAACACCUGUUGGUCAGCCUGCUUAUGGUCACCAGUCCAGAAUGCAUUGGGAUCAGAUCUGCUCAUCCAGCACAAUAAAGCCUGCUUAUAUCAGAAUCAGAUUUCGGUUAGCCGACUACAGGGCUCAUUGGGGGGUCCACCUGGCCAUUCUGAGUUUAGUGUCAUCCGCAAUCAAGCAAGCCACUAUCCAGCUUAUCGUUAAACACGCCGGUGGCAAUAUUAGCACACCCCAAAACAGACCUCCACAGUCGCUGAUGUGUCCAGUAUCUGGCCAGUGCAUUAUAGAUCUGUCUCACUACAGUAUUUCUACAAUAUAGCGUGGAUGAUACACACUACGGUGUGUAACUGGUACUGAUGCAAUUGACGUCAUCAGGCGUAAAGUGUUAUGGUUCCCAACCCAGCAGAUAGAGAUUGGGCCUCCUGUAGAUUAGCUGUACCAUCCAAUCACUCACAGCGUACUUUAGUCAGGUGCAACUGAAAGGCUUUAGGAGACUUAGAGAGGUGUGUGUGUGUGUGUGUGUGUGGUGUGUGUGUGUGUGUGUGUGUGUGUGUGUGUGUGUGUGUGUGUGUGUGUGCGCACAGUAAGGGGGUCGCUUCAGGCUCCAGAUCCAGGUCAGAGCUACAGUAGGUUCAGUCAACUGUGAUUGGGGUAAGACCUGUAGAGAGGCUGCCGGGUCAUCUCUGGUUGUAAAGUAGUUUGGACGCUGCAGAUAUCUGACCACUGGUGCUGAUUUCAGCCUAGUCCUACACUAAAAGCACAUUUCAGUGUUAAUCUCCACUGGAAAAACAUGCCCUUACUAGGCUACGACUAGGCUUAAUGCAUGUAAAGGAAGGGCCGCCAUUGAAUAUACAUAACCGUGGAUUACACAUCUAGAAUUUGAUGUUGUGAUUGGUGUGUAAAGCACAUUUUAUGUAAAGACAUUCUCCAUAAUCUCUGUUCCGUGAUCUAAGGCUUUUCCUUCUCUUUCCUUUGGCGGCAAUGCAGAGACUGCCUCCGUGAGGAAGAAAGCCUCCCCGUUUCCUUUGACUACCAGAAUACCCAGUGUUUUUUUUAAGCAUUAUUUUAUCGUUCCUAGGUUUGACCCUAAAUGCAAUCAGAAUAGUCAGCCCAAAUGUGCCAAAAGUCAUGGACUGGUGAAUUUGAUUGAUUGAUUGAUUGAUUCAUUCAUUGAUAUGGAUUAGUGCAACCUGUGAACAACUCAAAUCAAGAACACAUGAGACACUAUGCCUUAGAUUUGGCAAAGAGGGUUGAGUGGCCUUUCAGUGCGUUUUGAACAUUCAUCAUGCCAAGCACAUUAUGUCUGGACUGCUUGGUAAUUAAGGUAAGGAUACUGUCUCCAUGGGAACACUAACGACUCUCCUGUGGUGCAUCUUUGUUUGUUUAUCUGUCUGUUUUUGUUUUUAUUUACUAAUGGAGUUAUUGCAGUGUUAUGCGAUGCAGGACAUGGACAACCCCCCUGCCUAAGGCUAAGAGAGUAGCUGUGUUUAAAUGUUUUAUCUGAUGUUUGGCCACAAAACAACCUAGUGGAGAUGUUUGCCCUUUAAAGUGGGCAUGAGACAGUAUGUAAUUGGCACAUUUCACAAGAUGGAGGUUUUAUGUCCUCUUUAACUCUUUAACUUGGGAACCCAUCUCUCCUGUCAGUGGAGGAACUGUUCUGUGGGUGCACUGCGUUGUUUCUUAGAAUCAGAGAAGCUCAUGGUUCAUCUCAGCUACAUUUAUCGUUAACACUGUCCAGGCAGACUAACAGUGUUUACCACCCCUUGAUGACCCAUCAUCUUUAUUUGUCAGCUACUUCUGUAUCUUCUCUUGAGUUUUUUUUUUCUUUUUUUUUGCCAAGUCUUUUUCUCAUCAUGUUGAAGAUGUGCUAACCUCAGACUAGUGUUAUUUUGCCAUCAUCAGUUUGUGCCAUGUGUUUAUGUGACUAGGUACACUGUUAAGAGGCUUCACUUUAAAGUUUCACCAAGUGCUUUUUCCUUUUGGUUAUGGGAGAGCAGGAUGGCAGGCGCUCGGUUGCACAGCAGCUCUAACCAGUUUCGGACUGCUGUCAGCUUAAUAAGCUUUGGCACGAAGCAACUGGACGGUUUGGCUGAGCCCUUUGAAACAAAACGGCUGCGAGAUCAGUGACUUUUUGUUAACAUUACAAAAACUUGAGUUGUCAUUUUCUGAACCGUUGGACAGCACUUGUUAAGGAGGACUUGAAUUUUGAUUGUUGAUAAUGAUGCUGUUAUGAUACGUGUGAGCUGCCUGCCUCUGCGUUCAUGUAAAGACUUGUGGAGGGGUAUAGCCUGUUCAUUUAGCAAUACGUGUGUCACCACCAUCACUACUAUCACAGGCCACUCAGACCAGAACUGGUGUUGUACUGGACUCUGGCCUGAACCAGUCCACAGCAAGUUUUGGUCUCGACAAGCACUCACUCUCACUCUCGUCCCUCUCUCUCUCCCCUUCUCUCUCUCUCUCUCUCUCUCUCUCUCUCUCUCUCUCUCUCUCUCUCUCUCUCUCUCUCUCUCUCUCCCAUAUUGUACAGACAUGCCUUAUCCUCACCCAUUUUGAAAUAUGACUUUUCUAUGUGUCAUUGAAAUUGUAACAGAAGGAACAAAAAAUUCAGUACAACCCCUUGUUGAAACGAUAAACAGCGGGCUCUUUUGAAAAUGUUUGUAUGAAUUAUAGGUGGACUUUAGACAUCUCUUAUAGACGGCAUGUUUUCAGCAGUUUUGUGAUAUUUAUAACUUUGUGGCAUUCUUUAACUAAUGAAGUGCAAAUAAAGAUGAAAUAUAUAUUUAUUAUCUA